ACGACACGCAAUACAACGCGCCAACAGGAAACAGGAGUUAACGGAAAAGCUUAUAAUAAUGGAUAAUAAUAGAUGUUAUAGCACGGCAUAGGACGACUCGUAGAUAAUUUAACGAUUGAUAAGCCGGUGGGCGUAAUUGUGGUGUGCACAGCUGCGCUCGGAUAUGUGAAACGAGGACGGGGGAACUCGUUGGGAAACGGAGACUGGUCAAGGUUGGCUCUUGCUUUAAUUCGUCGCUGAUGCCUCAUUCCUGUCCCACGAUGACGGAAAUUCUCCACUUCGAUUUUUCUCACUUGAUUUGCUCAUAAUUCUAUCGGAUGGGUGAAGGCUCUCCGUAAAAUGAAGGAUAAUGUUUUUAUGGAUAUUGCGGAUGGUUCAUGCAACGAUUGCUUACAAGUUGUGGUUCCAAAGUCGAUGAAGCCAAGUAACUUGACGUAUGGAAGCAGCGUAUCUGUAGAAGGUGAAUUAGCAGUUGGGCCUCAUGAGAGAAUGGAGCUCAGAGCCGAAGCUGUGUCUGUUAUUGGCAAAUGUGUAGUAACGGAUGGCUAUCCCUUUGCUCCUAGAAAACAAUAUUCCCAAGAAUAUGUCCGACAAUAUUUACAUCUAAGACCAAGAACCAAUAAUUUUGGGAGCUUACUAAGGCUGCGAGACUUGGCCACAGUAGCUAUAGGAGAUCACUUGAGAAGUAGGGGGUUUGUUGGUAUUCAUGUUCCAAUAUUAACUGCUAACGACUGUGAAGGAGCUGGUGAAGUAUUUUCAAUAAAACCUGCCGAUCUCAAUCUGCUAAGCUCCAUGAAAAAAAAAGGCUACUCCGAAGAUGAGGCUUAUUUCAACGCUAAAGUAUAUUUAUCCGUAUCUGGUCAACUGCAAUUGGAAUCUGUCGCAAGGGGGUUAUCGAAAGUCUUUUCCUUUGGCCCAACAUUUAGGGCUGAGAAUUCAAAGUCCCGAUUGCAUUUGUCUGAAUUUUAUAUGGUUGAAGCUGAGGUGGCAUUUGCAACUGACCUCGAAGAAUUAGCAACAGAAGCUGAGUUGCUUCUGAAAAGCGUAACGAAUCACAUUUUCAAUAAUGGUGACUCAGAUUUACAUGCUCUUGGUGUUUCAGAGCCCAAGUGGCUUAAUCAGAAUUUUGGUAUUGUAACAUAUGAUGAGGCUGUAAAAAUUCUGGAAAAUAAUGCCGACCAAUUGAGUUUUGCUCCAAAAUAUGGGGAUGGGCUUUCGAAAGAACAAGAGUUAUUUUUAAUUCAACACAACAACGGGAUACCAAUCUUUGUUGUUGACUUUCCAAAAGAAAGUAAGCCCUUUUAUGUGAGGGAAGCCACUCACGAUGAGAGAAAGGCUGCAGCAAUGGAUCUUCUGGCGCCUAUUGUUGGAGAAAUAAUAGGAGGGAGUAUGCGUGAGGACAACUACGAGAAAUUGAAAUCGAAGUUAACUAAAUUUUCUCCCAACCUUGACUGGUACUUAGAGCUUCGUAAAUACGGAAACGUACCUUCAGGUGGUUUUGGAAUGGGCUUUGAAAGAUAUUUGCAAAGUGUACUCGAAAUAGCCAACAUUAAAGAUACCAUCCCCUUUCCGAGAUGGCCGCAUAACUGUAAAAUGUAAGAAAAUUUGCGACAGCUACUGUCUCUGCACUAAAAAUAUGUCAUGUCCAAGCAGUGAGAAGGAUGGAGGCUUGUGAUGCUUCGUGUCACCAAAGGGCAUUCUUAUUCUUUUUUCUUUUAAUGUCUCUUCACUGUAUCCGAUGUUAUCGUCAACGGGAAGGUUGUAUUCUUGAAAAAAAAGGAAAUGAUAUUCAGUGACAAACGAUGGGUUGAUUCUUUUCUCUCAUUUUGUUAAAUAGAAAAGGCCAGUGUUUCUGCUUUAGUAUAUCUAUUUUAUUUGAAUAUCAAGAAACGUUUUAACAGAACACAAUGUUAGGAUUCAAAUGAUUCAUGUCUAUUUUUACAAUUAUUUCUUUAGUGAAUCACUAUGCAACGAAAAUACCAAGCUUUCUUGGGCGCCGUCAAGGAGUAGAGAAUAUUUAGGGUGAUAAAUAACCGGCACAAACAAAAAAAGUUAGACCUCAAUGUGAUCAACAAGUAAUUUUCAUUUUUUCCUUUUAUACAACAAAAUAACGAUUAUUUGCUUUACUUCUUUUAUCUCCUCUCUUCCAUUGAAGAAAAUCUCAUCAUACUCGGAUUUUCACAUACUAUUUACAAUAAAAUAGAUAAUUAAUAUAUCACACAUUUUGUACAGUUGUUAAACUCACGGUGUGGUUUACAAAUAACACGCACGCAAUGUCUUACUUUAAUAUUCGUCCGUUCAUUUCGUUACUAUUUGACCAAUCAUUCGAUUUUACUCUAUGAUUAUUAUUAUUAUUAUUAUUACUAUUACUAUUCCUAUGAUUGUUGUAAUAAAAACAAUGAUUGUUAUAACUGAA